UUCUGUUGCUCCACCCCCAUAAAAUUUGGCUCACCAAAUCCAAAACCUUAUUCAACUCAUCCCACCACCACUUCCCCCCUUUCUCUCUCUACUUUCUCUCUCCCACAUCUAAACAAAAGGCUAAUCCAUCCAUCCUUCCUUUUCCCUUGUUUUCCAAUUCCCACAGAUCUACAAAGAAGCCAAAAAAGAUGAUCCAAGAGCUCUUAGGUGGAACUAGUGUGGGCUUAAUUGGAGAGAGAUCCAAACUCUCCACCACACCCUCCCAAUCGCCCUCUCCAUCUCCAUCUCCUUCCCCAUCCUCCUCCGCCGCCAACGCCGCCGCACCGCCGGAGAACCUUCGGUGCCCCCGCUGCGACUCCGCCAACACCAAAUUCUGCUACUACAACAACUACAACCUCACCCAGCCCCGCCACUUCUGCAAGACCUGCCGCCGCUACUGGACCAAAGGCGGCGCCCUCCGCAACGUCCCCAUCGGCGGCGGUUGCCGCAAGAACAAGAACACCACCAUCACCACCCCCGCCGCCGCCAAAUCCGCCGCCGCCAAGUUCAAAACAACACCGCCGUCGGAGCUCUCCAAAAACCACCUCUUCGGCGCCGCCUUCGACCACGGCGAAGCCCUCUCCUCAAACCCCAUCAUAUGGCCAUCUUCCCAAAACUCCCAUUUCCUUUCCCUGAUCCGAGCCAACCAACAAACCCUAAACCUAAGCCACCUCGCAAUCAAAGACGAAACCCCCCUCUUCGGCUCCUCCCACUUGACCUCAGGGCCCGACCACCUCGGCCCGGCCCAUUUCCCCUCCACCGGGAUGCCGAAUUCCUUGUACAGAAACCAAACCCUAGCCAACCCCGGAGGAAUCCUCCACGGUGAAGCACACAAUACCGGGCUUCAAGAGCUCUACCACCGCCUCCGACUAUCGUCUAAUUGCUACCCGGAGCAUGCACCCGUGAUCAAUGGAAACAUGUCAUCGGCCAAUUCCUCGGCCAUUCUCGAAUCGGCUCCGGUUGCGGAGAUGGGGUUUUGGAGCUCGUGGCCGGCUGAUUUACAGACCACUAACGGUGCAUAUCCGUAGAGAUUAAUGAAUUAAUCCUAGUUAUGUAAUAAAUAAGUAACAUUUUCAAUUUUACUUUGAUAAUUUUCAGGGUUAGAGAAGCUAGGGUUUGGUUCUUUCUAUUUGGGGUGUGGUAUAUCUAGCAUUUCCAUGUUUUUUACUACUUUAAUUUCAUGGUUAUUUCAUGUGGUGUGUAAGACUAGUUUAAGUGGUGUGUUUGGUAAACUGAGAUCGUGUGUAACGAAAUUAGGUUUUGAAAUGGAAUUUUUCUGUUAAAUCA